AAAGAUGCAGCCAAACGUGCUGCCCGAGCUCUGCUAAUAAGCUCAAGAGUUACCUGAAGAAAGAGGACAAGAAGCGGCCGACAGGUGGCUGUUUGCGGGCACUCUGCACUGUUGCGCACACGGUUUCCACUGCGCGCCGCCACGAUGCUGUUACCGUCCGGCACCCUGCUACUGCUGGCGGCUCUCUAUGCAAGUGUAGACCUGACGGGGGCUGAGGGCUGCGGGACAUCGUGUGGAAAAUGUGACUGCAGUGGCGUGAAAGGAGCAAAGGGUGAGCGUGGAUUUCCAGGUCUUCAGGGUAAUAUGGGAUUUCCAGGGAUGCAGGGACCUGAAGGGCCUCCAGGACCAAUCGGCCCCACGGGAGCUGUGGGUGAACCAGGAGCUCCUGGACUGAAGGGAGUGCGAGGUCCUCCUGGUCUGCCAGGCUUCCCAGGAAACCCAGGACUACCAGGCAUCAAUGGAAACGAUGGGCCACCAGGUCUGCCAGGUAUCCCGGGAUGCAAUGGCACAAAAGGAGAAAGAGGAAGAGAUGGCGCUUCUGGUUUUCCUGGUCUUCAAGGACCUCCUGGCAACCCGGGAAUUCCUGGAAUGAAGGGUGACCCCGGUGGUGUGAUCGGGAUUGUUCCCCUGAAAGGAGACAGAGGAUUCCCUGGCACUCCUGGAUUACCUGGAUCAGUUGGAUUUCCUGGACCUGUUGGACCUCCAGGACCUCGAGGUUAUCAAGGACCAAAAGGUGAACCUGGUCUCCCUGGCCCUCCUGGAGAGAAGGGUGACAGGCUGGCCUUUGUGAGUGAGAAAGGAGAUAAGGGUGAGCGAGGAUUUCGUGGCCCACCUGGCCCUCCUGGCCCUCCCUUUCAGGGAGCGGAAGGAAGUCAUAUUACUGUGCACCUACCUGGACCACAGGGUGAGAGAGGACUUCCAGGAGACAAAGGAGAUAAAGGUAUUUGCACCCCAUAUCAAGCUGGUGUCAAAGGUGAUCCUGGCCCACCUGGACCAAGGGGUAAACCUGGCAAGGAUGGAGAUGCCGGACCGAUGGGAGAAAAAGGCUUCCCCGGAUCACCUGGAUACACUGGAUCCCAGGGUGAAAAGGGAGAAAGAGGACCACCAGGUUAUGGUAGUGGCGCCCCUGGUCCUCCUGGUCCUCGUGGUCUACCAGGGUUACAAGGAGAAAAAGGUUUUCCUGGUCCUCAAGGAGAGGCAGGUCCACCAGGUCGUCAUAUUGAGGGUCCUCGUGGAGAGAAAGGGCUUAAGGGAGACAUUGGUGAGAAAGGAGAGAGGGGAAUAGAAGGAGAGUCUCUAGUGGGACCUCCAGGACAACCAGGAAACCCUGGACCACCUGGACCACCUGGACAACCGAUUGACCCUAAUGAAUGUAACAUUCAGAAAGGAAAUCCUGGACCACCUGGACCUCCAGGACUACAAGGAGAAUUGGGACAGAAAGGUGACAGAGGAGAUACUUGUAUUCAAUGUGAAGGCAAUGGCCCACCAGGGUUACCUGGUCCCCAGGGCCCUAAAGGAGAUCGAGGACCUCCUGGGUUAGUAGGAGCCAAGGGAGAAAAGGGCAAAUCUGGCCUUCCUGGAGAACCUGGAAGAGCUGGUACUCAAGGUAUUCCAGGGUUGAUUGGAGCCCCUGGUGCUGUUGGUGAACCAGGGGACAUUUUUGCAGUUCCUGGUCUGAAGGGGGAAAAAGGUCUGCCUGGUGUUCCUGGUUCACCAGGGCAGCCUGGGCUUGAUGGACUGCCAGGGAGAGAUGGCAUCCCCGGAGUACCUGGUCUGAAAGGAGAACCAGCCAAAGAGGGCAUUAAGGGUGAUCGUGGACCAAGUGGGGAUGCUGGUGUUUCUGGGCUUCCAGGAGAGAGAGGUCCACCUGGCCUGCCAGGCUUCGGUCGACCAGGAGAGCCUGGGGAGAAGGGUAGUCAGGGUAGACCAGGACACCCUGGAACUCCAGGACCACCUGGUGUAAAAGGUGAGCCAGGUAAAGGUUUGAGCACUCCUGGACCUCAAGGACCACCUGGGCCACGUGGAGAAAACGGUGUACCUGGACUUCAAGGUGACAGAGGCCUGCAGGGAGACCCAGGAUUGCCUGGUUUUCCUGGAAACAAGGGUGAUCUUGGACCCCCUGGGAUUGGAUUUCCAGGUCCAUCUGGUCCUAAAGGAAUAAGUGGAAUUCCAGGAGCUCCAGGAUUUCCGGGAGAGCCAGGAAGACCCGGACAAGAUGGCUUGACUGGACAACCUGGUGUACCUGGACAAAAGGGUGAGCCAGGACGGGGUCUUCCAGGCCCAAAAGGUUCCCAGGGCAUCCCAGGACUUACUGGUUUCCAGGGAGAAAAGGGUACAGUUGGACUACCUGGUGUUCCUGGACGAGAGGGCGUGACAGGACCACCAGGACCCCAGGGAAUCAAAGGUGACCUGGGACCCCCAGGACCUCCCGGACUGGCUGGCGCACCAGGUGCUCCAGGAAAAGGUUCGCCAGGAUCUCCCGGACCACAAGGACCAGCUGGAGAACCUGGACCCUACGGUAGGGAAGGUGCAAAGGGAGAAAAGGGUUACCCAGGUCCUCCUGGUCUGGACAUGCCGGGGCCUAAGGGAGAGAAGGGAGGCCCAGGGUUUCCAGGAGCCCCAGGUCCUAAAGGACUGCCAGGGCUGCCAGGUCUACCAGGCAGGGAUGGACUGAUUGGAAACCAAGGUUCUAAAGGGGAAAUGGGGGUCAUGGGGACACCAGGAACACCUGGAUUUCCUGGACCACCUGGUACACCUGGAUCACCUGGACUGAGAGGUGAUCCUGGUAUCACUGGACCAAGAGGUGAAAUUGGAGCAACUGGAGCUAAAGGAGAAAGGGGAGACCGAGGUCUUCAGGGACCUCCUGGCAACAUAAGUGAGGUUGAAAUGGAGCACAUGAAGGGGGAGAAGGGAGACAUUGGAAACAUAGGUUUGCCUGGGGUCACUGGAGAAAAGGGCCACCGUGGAGUUCCUGGUAACCCUGGAAUGCCAGGCAAAGACGGAGAGCCUGGAUUACCUGGACAGCCAGGUGAAAAAGGAGACCGUGGUUUUCCUGGAGAUCCUGGCGGUAUGGGACCACCUGGACAAAAAGGAAACGUAGGAGAGAUGGGAAUACCAGGUCCUCAUGGUCCAAAGGGUUCUAAAGGAGAUAUUGGUACACCAGGACAUCCUGGAUUUAGAGGCACAGAUGGUCAGAAAGGAGACAAGGGAACAGCUGGUGAGCCAGGUAUAGGGCUUCCAGGACCUCAAGGAGAAAAGGGUCUGACGGGUCAGCCAGGAUUCCCAGGAAUACCGGGAGAGAGGGGUCUGAAGGGUCAUGAGGGUAUGCCCGGCAAGCCUGGACUGCAAGGAACCAAGGGAGACCAAGGAACCAUUGGGUAUCCAGGACAGCCAGGUAGACCAGGCCAGAAGGGUAACCCUGGGCUGCCAGGAUCUGCAGGAGAACCUGGUCAAGAUGGUAGACCUGGUGAAGGUGGCUUACAGGGACCUCCUGGUCUUCCUGGAGAGAAGGGAGAGCCUGGAUUGGACGGCAUACCUGGAUCCUCAGGAGAAAGAGGAGACCCAGGUUUACCUGGCCGAGGUUUCCCAGGACCACCUGGAGUGCUUGGUGACAAAGGUGACAAAGGUAGUCCAGGCUUCCCUGGCACUCCAGGUCAUCCAGGUGUCCCUGGUAUCAAGGGUGACAAGGGACUUCCAGGCUCUCAGGGAGUCCAGGGUGAGCCAGGUGAGAGGGGACUCCCAGGUCUGUCUGUGGAGGGCCCUAAGGGAGAGAGAGGACAAACAGGACAACCAGGAGAACCAGGUGCCCCCGGAGGACCAGGACCCUCUGGUGUGCCAGGCAGAAAUGGACUAAAGGGAGACAAAGGAGACCAGGGUCUCCCUGGUUUCCAAGGAGAGACAGGACAAAAGGGCGAUCCUGGAACUACUGGCCUUAUAGGACAACCUGGACUUCCAGGAAUCGAUGGACAGAAGGGAGAGAGGGGAUUGCAGGGUGUCCCUGGCUUCCCAGGUAUAAGGGGUAAUGUUGGGGACAUUGGAUUCAAAGGAGAAGAUGGAGACAGAGGAUUCCCAGGAGAAAAGGGCAAUGAAGGUCCUCCUGGUCCCCCCGGCCCCGCCAGCUUCAUCAAAGGAGACAUUGGGUUCCCAGGGACUCAAGGUUUACCUGGACCCCAGGGUCCAUCUGGGCUACCUGGACAGAAAGGACAGCAAGGUGUGACCGGUAUUCCAGGACCAAAAGGUGAUGAUGGCCUUCCUGGAUAUCACGGUCAGCCUGGAGCCAAAGGAGAUCCUGGCCUGCCGGGACCACAGGGACCCAGGGGACAUCCUGGCCCCCCAGGACCUGAUGGUGUCCCAGGACAAGUGGGUCCACCAGGCCCUUCCUCCAUGGAUCACGGGUUCCUGGUAACACGUCACAGCCAAACUGUGGAGGUUCCACAGUGUCCUGAGGGAACUUCCCUCAUAUAUGAUGGCUAUUCCUUGCUCUACGUACAAGGCAAUGAACGUUCCCAUGGACAGGACUUAGGUACGGCGGGCAGCUGUCUAAGGAAGUUCAGCCCCAUGCCCUUCCUUUUCUGUAACAUCAACAACGUGUGCAACUUUGCCUCCCGUAAUGACUACUCCUACUGGCUCACCUCCCCUGAGCCCAUGCCCAUGUCCAUGGCACCCGUCACUGGUGAAAGCAUCAAACCCUUCAUCAGCAGGUGUUCUGUGUGUGAAGCUCCAGCCAUGGUGAUAGCAGUUCACAGUCAGACCAUCAUGAUCCCACAAUGCCCUCACGGCUGGGACUCUCUAUGGAUUGGUUACUCCUUUGUCAUGCACACCAGUGCCGGUGCUGAGGGUUCAGGCCAGGCUCUGGCCUCUCCCGGUUCCUGCCUGGAGGAAUUCCGCAGUGCUCCAUUCUUUGAGUGUCACGGUCGGGGAACUUGCAACUACUACGCCAACUCCUACAGUUUUUGGCUCGCCACCAUUGAAGACAAUGAGAUGUUUACGAAACCUGUUCCCACAACGCUAAAAGCAGGCAGUCUCCGAACACACAUAAGUCGCUGUCAGGUGUGCAUGAAGAGGACAUAAACCCCGACACCAGACUCCUCCUUCCAAACCUGCGAGCAAAACUGUGCACGCUGAUGUCCUCGACUUGGCUUAACUUGCUGUUUUCAAACGAUGGUGCUAUUUCCCUGCAUGUGUAAGAAGAGAGGGACAAAGAUGUGGUUUGCAAAACAGCCGGAGAUCUAACAUUACAAACAAGAACACAGAGACCAAGUGGCCUUUUGCUCCACGCAGAACACAUGAUCACAACAUGUCUCUAAACAAAUGCAUCCAGUUUGCCACUGCACUGAGUACAUGCCCCCUAAACUGGUAAACUGGUGUUCAUCUUGUGUGAGUCAGGUGCUAUUCCAUCAUACUUAUCUGCCUUAUUCCAUUAUGUUUUACUCUUCUCCCUACCAGGGCUGCACGAUCAAAGGUAUAGCCACAUUUUAUUAUAGAUUUUAACUUGUUUAAACAUACUAAUGUAAAGGACGGGACUUACCACUGGUUACAGACGCUUGUCAUUUGCUAAAUCACCAUAACGCUGCAGACACAGAUAUAUAGCAAUCACUCUGUUGUAAAUAUAAUGCAUUCCUCUCUAACAUAGUCCAACAUACUCUCCUCAGGUUAUUAUUGAAAUACUUUGUGUGUUAUUAAGUCCAUUUUUUAUUUAUAAGAUUUAUGAGAAUAUGUUGGACUUGAGUGUAUCUGAGAUUCCAAAAACAGUGUUUUAAUGUCUGACAGUCAACGCCUUAUUAACUUGCAAAACAGCACUGAAUGAGCAUUGGCGUGUGUGUGUAUGUGUGUGUGAGUGUGCAUAUAUGAAUGGAUUUGAGCUGCUUGGAAGUGUAUUACCUGAUGUCUGCAUAUAUAUUGUUGCACAACCUUGUUGUUGACAUAAUCCCAAACAGAUGCACAAAAAGAAAUAGACCAAAAAAAAAAAUCACAUUUCCUUUACUCUGUCAGAACAUUGUGUGUAACAGAUUCCAAAGAAAUGCACAUGUAUAUAUACUUACACAUAACAUGUACUUGCUAUUUUGCUCAUGUACUUGACUGUUCCCUUUUGUGAAUUACUUUGUUAUCCCUGUUGAUUUAACGCAAAAUUAACACUGAAGGGUCAUCACAUUAUUGUUCAACAUCCUCGUCAAAAUA